AUGACGACCAGCAUAUCAGCACCGAAAGUGGUUCUUCUCGCUGUCCAUCUUGCUACGAAAGCCGAUAUCGACAGCUUGACAUCCUUGGCGUCGCAACAUGACAAGGUGCUUCAUACCGAGCUUUUGCUUCGAAUACUUCUCACCUGCCUGCCCGAAACCCUCAAAUCAAGCGAAUACGUGUCACUACUUGAGCGCAUCGACGCCGACGUCGUGGAAGAACACCCGAAGGAUAUUGAUUGCUCAUCAGUAGAACACUUUACAGAAACUGAAGCGACAAAAAAGGUUCGAAGACUUCGACUGCUACCUCUGGCAGCUCCUGGUGUAUCGAAGGAGGCGCUUGGAGAUCCUAUCAGCCUGUUCUUGAUACAGCGGGCCCAUCGAGUAGAUGAAGAGGCUGGCUUGCUCACACAGCUACCAGACCUGAUCGUGCCGUUCUUGGAUCACUCUCCGUGCAUUCGAUCUUGGAUGAUCUCGGCCCUGCUGCCUUUACUGAGACGAAACCACGAAUAUUAUCCCGACAACCCCAUACAUUACACCCUGUCAGAAUUUGAGAAUCUGAAUGAUAGGGCUGCAGUGAGCCUGCUCCUGGACCAGACUGGUAAUCGCGAAGAAGACUUGCCUUUCAUAGGACGUGAUUUACGAGGUUUGAUGGGUCCGUGGCUCUAUAAUGAUGCAAGGUGGAAGCGCGAAGACGGCAACAGAGCGGAUCUCUGCGUUGUCUCCGAGAGCGGCGAGGCUACCCUCAAACGGAACCUCUGUCCUGGGUGGGAGCAGAUGCUUGAAUGGCUGACGACACACGCAUCCAAGUCGUGGAAGGUCGCCGUAAACGCCAUCGAACAGUGGGAUGGCCUUGAUGACGUUGACUUGGGCGGCUACGGAUGUAUGUGGUUCAAGGACGAGGAGCAGGGCUAUCUGGAACAGAGAUAUGCCCGAGCUGCCUUGGCGUCAGCAUACUUAAUCCCUGAAGCCUCAGUGGAGGCUUUGGCUGGUGUCAACAGCAUCAUCGCCAAGAUCAUGGCUCUUUUAGAUCAAGAUCCAUAUCCCACAUUGCAGGUAGCGUCCACAAUCCUGCCACCAUACUCAGAUAAUGGCACAGAGUCCAUGCUCUGUCCUAAGAACGCGACGAUGAUGCGCAAUAACUUGCUUGAGGAGUCGAAUAUUCUUACAACUCCUUCAGCAAGAUCCACUCGACUCUUGCAUGCGCUGACUUUGAGCGCGUUCAUAUUGACUAAAGCCGGCGCACUUUGUACAGUGCGGCGGGCGGGAGAACUGGCAUUCCUUCAGCAUGAACGGGAACAGGAGGCGGAAGCUCUCAACUUCAUUAACAAACUACGAAAUAACGCACCCAAAGCCGACGACAAGUACUGGAUCAGGGCUCGGAAUGAACUUAUGUGGUUACGGGACUGGGGUGCUGAAGAGGCUGAGGAGUCUUCCCAUGGGAAGAUUCAUGGAGUGUUUGGUCAGCUCAAGAAGGAGUUUCUUGAAGUUGAAUGCUUGAAAGCUUUUCUUUCAAGUGGCCGAUAUUCGCUGGCAAGAUCUAUAUUUGAGGAUUCGCCCGCAAAGCCACUUUCCAACGAAGUACUGGAAGGUACCAUCAUCGCGGCAGCCAUGAAUGCCUAUGAUGAUGCUUCAAAUACCAAUCGCAGCCGGGGCCGCCUGCUAGAGUGUGAUGACAUCAUUCAUGCGUUUCCAAAGACAAUGCCAGAAAACAACCCUGCCGCUCAAAGAAUUGAGGCUCUCCUCAAGGCAACACAUGGACUCAGCAAAUAUCGGCUAGUUCUGAAACCAAAUCAGCCUUUUAGGCCAGUAGUCUUGAGAGUUCACUCGGAUCCCAUAUCGAUAAUUGGAAAGGUCCUGGAACAGAACCCGGAGAGCCACACGAGGCUUCAGGACUUCUUGGAAAUUGGCGCCAAUAUGGUAGAAGCUGGACUGGCCACUCGCGACAAGCCGGGGAAACCUAGCCCAACCUCUGAAGAAAUGUCAGAACAGCGGUCGCUUGCGGAGAAACGGGUAACGGCUAUGUGUGUCGACGCUGCCUUGACGGAAGAUGACUUCGAGACAGCCUAUUCAUAUGUUGUUAACCGACUCGGCUCAAUAGGUGGAUCCACUCCCGUUGGAUCUUCAGCCAGGCAAGCCUCCGCCUUCGUCGAUGAUUACUCGUGGAAAGCUGCAUUGCAGGCCGGCAAGUACCGUCGCACAGCACGCACCCUCAGACCUACGCACAUCGGUACAUCAAGCGGGAAUCCUGAUAUCCGCCAUCUCGAAAAGCGAAUGGAAUGUUUAUCAGCGGCGCUGCGGAUAGCCCCGCCGGCUACCUUGCAAGAGAUUUUGAACGUAUUCCGGCGUUGCGAGGAAGAGCUGGAUGCUGCUGUCAAGACGGAGGAUGAACAAGAGUCGGCAUGGGAUGACAAGGGAGAUGUAAAAGCUAUGCCGGGAGCGUUCAGUAUGACAGUCCCUGCGGGAGUGAAGAAACAGACGAGGGCGAAGUCGAGACAAGAGGAGGCCCCCAUGUCAUUAUUUGAACUGUCGAGGGUAAGUAUGUCAAGGGCACAACAGAACUUCAACUUGCUGUCAAGUCUACAACGAAGUGGACAGGCCAGAGACGAUGCACAGGACGCACAGGGAGAGCUUGAACAUACGCCUGGGCAGCCAAAGGCCCGGAAAAGAGACCAGCUCAGGGAAGCUGCUGUGGGGACACUGGCUUCGGGUGUUGGUUGGCUGAUUGGGGCGCAGCCCGUCAAGCCGAAUGAGAAUGAAUGA